CCCUCACAUAUUUAACCCUUCUUCCCCUUCUUCAUUUCAUAUUUUCAUUCCCCCUCCAUCUCUCUCAACAGCUUCAAAGCUCUUCCCUUUUCUUAGAACCCAUGUCAUCAUCAAUGGCGGCUGCCUCUACUUCUUCUUCGUGUUCAUCGAGAUACAAGCUCAGGUGCCCUGUUUACGUGGUGGCGGCGGCGAUUACUCUGUUUCUGCUGGUGUCUUCUUCCUCUGCCACCAGGCCUGGGGCCGUUAUGAUAAUGAGAGAUGGGGCCGCCGGCGGCCGGAAGGUUUACCUGACUGCGUUUCAGUACGAGGGGCAGGCGGCGGUGUUCAACUUCUUGCCGAAAGGAGUCCCGAUCCCGCCGUCUGGUCCUUCCAAGAGGCACAACUCCAUCCAGAACUGAAGGAUAUUGAAGCAGGGGAUUUGAUUCCCUCUGUUUUCUUUCUUUAUUUGUUUAUUGGUUUCGUUUUGUGUUGAUUGGGAUUGCUGUAAUAGAGGAUUUUGCCUAUAGCUAGCUUGUUUUUAUUCUUGGAUUGGUUUGUAGAUCAAGAACCAUAAUAGUUAAGUAGUCGCUGGUUCUUGAUUGUUCUGGGAUUUUCUGUUCUUUGAUUAUUUGUUUGUUUGUACAGAUUUGAAUGUGUAGUAUAGUAUAGGGAGGAUUAUUAUUUGAUUUUAGUUUGUACACACUUAAUGUAACUAUAUAUACAGAAAUGGUGAAGGAAAAAAGCUUGAUUCACCUG